AUGCACAAGGAUGCCAGAGUUCAACUUCCUGACAACCAGAUUAUCGAGGCUCGACUAGAUUUUUCUGUGAACGCCUUUAAAGCAACACAAAAGCUUUGCCGUGACCUGGGAAUCAGGCAUUCUGAAGAGCUAGGACUGAAAAGGCUAAUCCCACCUGAUGUUCUGCGUAAAGGAACCUAUGAAGCUGAAAACUCGUCAGGCCCACAACCAAUACGUCCUGGAGAGGAGUCCGUCGGUCCGAUGACGCUUCGAAAGGCCACUCCAAUCUUCGCCUCUCAGACACAAAUUGAUGGACGCAUGCGCCGCGGACAAUCACCGGCCUUGUCAACGAGUGGCCACAUCUUCAAUGCUCAUGAGAUGGGCACACUACCAAGACAUGGCACUCUUCCCCGGGGAGCGAGCCCUAGUCCAGGCGCAUACAAUGCAACAAUGAGCCGUGUGCCGAUAAUGCCCAGUAUCAGUUUUUGCGAAGGUCUCGAGAAUGAGCAGUUCGAUAUGGCCCUUGUGCAUACUCCACGCCAGGCAGCAAAUCGUGAUACUCUUGUUUUCCGCCCACAAAAUUAUGUUGAAAAAGCUGCAUUGAAUAGAGGAUGGCUAGACUCGAGCAGAUCAUUGAUGGAGCAGGGAGUUUUUGAAGGUGAUAUCGUGCUUCUACGCUUCAAAUACAUGACCUUCUUUGACCUUAAUCCGAAGUAUGACCCUGUACGUAUAAACCAGCUAUACGAGCAAGCCAAAUGGUCGAUUUUAUUGGACGAAUUCGAUCAUACCGAAGAGGAAGCUACGCUGUUCGCCUCGCUACAGUUGCAAGCGUCGCUUCAGCGAGAUUCUCCUGAACCUGAAGGACCUGUGAAGGAUGACGUUGAUAUGAUGCUGGAUGAGUUGGAGCAAAAUCUGGAUGCUGCCGCACUUGGUCGUCGUUCUGACCUCAUGCAAGUGCCCGAACUUGCAGACUAUCUUAAAUACAUGAAGCCCAAGAAGAUUGCUGCCUUCAAGGGAUUCAAACGAGCGUUCUUUUCAUUCCGUGACCUGUAUCUAAGCUAUUACCAAAGUUCGAACGAUUUGAAUCAAGCUCCUCUCGGCCACUUUUCACUCAAAGGUUGCGAAGUCAGCCCUGAUGUCUCUGUGUCCCAAGGAAAAUAUCAAAUCAAGUUGCUUGUUCCUACGGCUGAAGGAAUGACUGAUUUUGUGCUGAAAUGUGAUACGGAGCAUCAGUAUGCACGAUGGAUGGCAGCUUGUCGUUUGGCAUCACGGGGUAAAUCUAUGGCCGAUUCGUCAUAUCCACAGGAAGUAGAGAGUAUAAAGAAUCUUCUGCAUAUGCAAAGUGCAACCAAUGGGCGAAGCGAGAGCGGUACUGCGCGGCGAUCAACGCCAGUAAAACUACCAAGCGAUUUCAACGUGGAUGAAUAUGUCUCACAAAGAUAUGUACGGAAAGCGAGGAGUAAACAAGCGCUGCAACAACGGGUUGCCGAUGCACACGCGAACGUGCGACAGUUGUCGUCCACCGAAGCGAAACUGCAGUAUAUCCGUGCCUGGCAAGCUCUGCCCGAACAUGGCAUACACUAUUUCAUCGUCCGCUUCCGAAACGGACGAAAGGCCGAUCUGAUUGGAGUUGCCAUCAAUCGUCUCGUGAAGAUGAAUAUGGAUAAUGGCGAAAGUAUCAAAACAUGGCGAUUUGCGAACAUGAAGAAGUGGCACGUGAAUUGGGAGAUUCGGCACUUGAAGAUUCAGUUCGAGGACGAAGAUAUUGAAUUCAAGCCGUUAUCAGCAGACUGCAAGAUUGUUCACGAGUUCAUUGGUGGCUACAUAUUCCUGACGAUGCGAAGCAAAGAACAAAAUCAAACGCUUAACGAAGAGCUAUUCCACAAAUUAACUGGUGGAUGGGGAUAA